AUGGCGCGAACCAUCAGAAUUGAUUGUUUUGAAAAUAUCGUGGACAGAAGUCAGUAUAAAUUUGGAGGUAAACUGGUUUUGUUUAUGCGAUUUGGCACAUUUUUAUGAUGAAAGCACAGCAAGAUAAGAUGAAAUGUUUGUUUUAACUUUACUCUUUUACUUUAAAUCUAAUUCAUAGAGAAAUCUGGUCGCCUAAGUGGCAACCAACCAGAAUGUUUAGUCACCAAGGAGAAAAUGUUAGUCACUUUGGCGACCGUAUCAGUCACAAUUUUGAGCCCUGUGAUGUAUAAUGUAAUAUCCAUUCCUGACCCAAUGAGGGUCAUUGGAAAUUACAAUGGCGGGAAGGGGGGUUAAAUACCAAAAUUUUUGGAGAAAAGUAUGAAUCUAAACUGUGAGUUCACAUGUACAGCCUGUUCACUUACAGUAAUAGUUGCCAAAGAGAAAAUUCAUAGAGAUAAUCAAAUAUCUUGCCAGAGAGGUUUCAUUUGAAUGGUAACACCAUAGGAUUUCAUCCACAGACUCAAAAGUUAGAACUACAUACUAAAUAAAUAGCACCAUGUGAAAGUACUGCUGAAGAGGUGUCAUUUAAAUGGUAACACCAUAGGAUUUCAUCCACAGACUCAAACGUUAGAACUACAUACUGAAUAAAUAGUACCAUGUGAAAGUACUGCCAAAGAGGCUCCAUUUGAAUGGUGACCCCAUAGGAUUUCAUCAACAGACUCAGAAAUUAGAACUACAUACUAAAUAAAUAGCACCAUGUGAAAGUACUGCUGAAGAGGUUUUAUUUGAAUGGUAACACCAUAGGAUUUCAUCCACAGACUCAAAAGUUAGAGCUACAUAAUAAAUUAAUACAGUGAAACUCUAUUAAGCGGACACCUUCGGGACCUUCCCAGGUGUCUGCUUAAUAGAGGGUGUCCGCUUAAUAGAGGUUUUAAAAAUUGCACAUUCAACAUUCAGCGGUUACUCUGUACUGUGAUAAAGUUGCAUGUUGCUAAAGAAGCCAUCCAGGGUUCAAAUUCAUUACCUUUCAUUACUAACUUUAAUUAGUUUGUAAAUGCAAAAACAUUAACUGACUUCAGUACAUAUUUCAAGGACGUAAUCCAGUAAGUUUACUAGUAUCAAUUCAGUCCGAUGUCCGCUUGAUAGAGGUUUUUAACAAUAGAAAUUAGCCAAAUACAACUUAUUUUAGUGUCGCAUCCACCUAAUAGAGGUGCCUGCUAAAUAGGGGUUCGUUAUAAAGGGAAACAUCAGAUGUUUGUUUCGGAACCAGGCUUAGUACCUGCUUAACAGAGGGUGUCCACUUAAUUGGGGGUCUGCUUAGUAGAGGUUUCACUUUAGUACCAUGUAAAAUACUGCUGAAGAGGUUUUUUUUUUUUUUUUAAUGGUAACACCAUAGGACUUCAUCACAGUUGUAAAAUAAUCUCCUGCUAACUUCAUCCAGGAGUGAAUUAUUUGUUAAUUGGUUAAAGCCGUACGUGACUUUUGAGAAGUUUUGAGAAAUUGAUAACCUAAUAUCAAGACAGAAAUGAUAUUGGUGAUUUCCUAUUUCUAACCCCUUUUCACCUGUUUACACACAGGACAUGUACACAUAAUUAUAAUUCUGUGAUAUUCUUCUUGUGACUGUGCACAUGUAUAUGUACAUGAGCACUGUCAAAAAUACCUAGUAUUUUUGUAAUGUGCAAUUUUUAAUUACGUGGAUGUUUUGUUGCAUUAGUUUCUUUUUUCAUAGCCAUUGGCAUCAGGUUUUCCAAAAAAAUAUAAUUAUAUUUGAUUAUUUAUGAAGAGUAGUUUUUUUUGUUCUGUAAAUUUGAAGAUUUUUGCCUGUUUUCAGAUUUUUUACUUUAAAGUAUCAUGAUAAUGAUCCUGUUUGGUUUUGUCAGACUUGGAGUUUAUUUGCUUAGUUUGAAUAAAACAUUAACUUAAAGAAGCUACCAUGAUUCAAGAAAAUUAAAAAAGGGAAAGUUGAGCUUGCUAUCUCUUCAGGUGAUCCGAGCAUUUCAUUUGCUGUUGUGUGUGUUAAUUUUGCUUGAAGUCAAUUAAUUGUCAUUGGUUGAAAUUCUUGAUUUAUUAUUAAAUACAUCACAGUCACUUGUUGGUCAAUGAAACUUCUCUUGCAUCAAUCAAAGCAUACUUUUAUGAAGCAGAUCUAGAGUUGAUCUUGCAAAGUUUUAACCUCUGGCGUUGAUCAAGUGUCAUUGCAAAUGUCCUUCCUUUGGCAGAAAAAGAAGAAAACUGUCAUACUGCAAGUUCUUUGAAUGUGAGUCGAUAUCACAAAAAAGUUAAAAUUUCAUCACUAUUAAGCCGUAGUAAGGCUUGUGGUUGACUUGUGAAGAGUUGUGCAUGAAAAUGUGUAGUUUUUUUUCAAAGAUGUGAGUGAAAAAUCCAUUUUGUACAAAAAAAGGAUGCAACUUAUAUCAUUGAUAUCAGGCUAGAAAACUGUCAGCGAUAGGAUUUGUAUGUAGUUUUAUAACAGGUAGCUUUCAAUACAUGUAAAUGCCAAGAUUCACAUGGUGAUUGCAUUAAAAUUUAUACUCUAGUAAUUCCUUUCUUGCAAGGUGUGUCCUUGUAAGUGGAAAUUUUUGGACUUUAAAGCCAGUUAAAGUUAAUCCUUUUUUCAUCCAAAUUUUUUUUGAAAUGAUGUUUUCAAAUUUAUGCCUUUGACUAUACAAAAGAGAUUUUUUGCUGUCCAGAUUUUAACUUAAUAACAGAACUUUUUUGUUAUAUAAAAUCAGUGAAGAUUUCUAUUAUUAAUCUAGAAAACUGUUGGACAUCAGUUUAGUUUGACAUUUAAUUCCUAGAUUUUUACCAUUAUGAUUAUUAUUAUUGUUGUUCAUUAGAAAAUUGCCGUUAGACAAUCAAAUUUUGCACACGUCGUGAAUUUAGUCUUAUGGCAAUGUAGUAAUAUGUUUCAUCUAAAACAUUUUUCUGGAACAGGGUGUUGUGAUCAUGACUGAGUUUUGAGAAAUUGGUGUUUUAUUGGCAGUGGCACUUCAAACAUUUUAAUUAAGGCUUUACCAAAGUGUUAAAUGUGAAUACCUUUUGCCAUUUUUAAUUAAUUUCUUGUGUUGAAUUUGGCCCAGAUCUGGGGAUGGCAUUGCUGAUGACAACUCGUGUAAACUGCACUUUCUUUUGGAAAUAUUUUAUUUCUGGUUUACAGACGCUAAAAUGCUUUGAAUUCAACCUAAAAAUCUGUGUUACUUAGUUUCUUUUGUGAAUAACAUCACUUUUAUUGCAGUCACCAAUUCCACUUGCGCAGUAUGCCUUGAGCCACUACUAAGAGUACUUCAUUUUCAAUGUCCUCAUGAAAGUUAUACUCAGUGGUGAUUUUGUUUUACAAGUCUCAUUUUUAUUUAUUUGCUCCUAGCAAGCAAUGCCUUCAAAUUCUUUAAACUGUUUACAUGUUAGAGCCUUUCAGAACAGAUUUAUUCUUAUGAAACCUCCCUGAUCUGAUUCUGUGUUGUCAUUCUGUAUUUAAUUAGUCUCUCAGGAUCACCCAUAUAAAUCCCCUGGAAGCCUGAAUGUUUUUCAAAGAAUAUUGACUGGAAUGAAUUCCUUUUAUCUGUAGAUAAAAAUACCCUUUCAUUAAAAUAAAAGUACAGUUGGACGAAAGCAUUUCAAAGCACCAUAAGAAAGUCUACUUUUUAGAAGUAAAAAAAGUGUGAGAAAAAGUCAACUGACUUGAGAUAACUUUAUUUUUUUGUAGCUAAGAUGCUUUGUGAAGGCUGAUGGAUCCUUUAAGGGGUGCAACUUCUGACAAAGGUGAGCCUUUUUUUUCUUUGUAAAAGUAAAUUUAGCACUGUUUAAUGUAGCAUGUUUAAGAUAUAAGCCAAAUUCUUGGUAUUGUAUCUGAUUUUGUGUCAUAAGGCAGGUGGAAGAGAGAUUAUUUACAUGUAGCAGUUCCUCUAUGGUUAUAUUGGCUAGGUUAUUUUUCAGAAGGCUAAACCCUGAAGUGUCUCUGAAGUUAUAGACUUGGGUUAGAGAACUGAGCAUAUCAAGUUCCAGUAAGGGUCAUUACAGACUGAACAGAAACUUGUUUCACUCAGUUUUGUUAUCCUAAUCAGUAAACUUCAGAGUCAUUGGGUGUGCAGCUCACCUCUUGCGUUCUGCAAAAUACCCCUUCUUUAUGAUUGUUGCUAUUAAGUAAAGGUAACUCAGUGCAUUUUCCUUUUUCAUUCAGUCAGCAAUGACGACCAGGCAAGGGCAAAUUUCUUAGCUCCUGACAUGAAUUACAUUGCUGGGAAAAUAGAAGAUCAACAACCUGAUGAUGUGGAUUUUGCUGGAGUUCAAAAUUUCUACAGCAAAAUCCCAACGAAGUUUCGUGACCCAAGCUCUGCACCCCUUAGAAAGCUCAGUGUGGACUUGAUAAAAACCUACAAGCAUAUUAAUGAGGUAAUUAAAAUGUCUAAUGCAGGGUGCAAAGAAAAUCAUUUUUACAGCUUGCCAUUCGGGCAAGCUGAAGCUAGCAUUUACUAGCCCAGACGUCAUUUCAACUAGCCCCAAAAGCUUUCAGAAUUGAUUUCACAGUUCUUGUUAUUCGAAUUCCUCAAAACACAUCACUUGCCCAUCGGGCAAGUUAAGAACAGAAUUCACUAGCCCCAUAGCAAAAUCCACUAGCCCCGGCCUAUCGGACACAACUUUCUUUGCACGCUAGUCUAAUGGUAUCAUUUUGAGAUACAUGUAAAUUAGACUACAUGCGAACAGACUCCCAAGUGGAGCGGACCAAAAAAGAAGAUCGGCGAUGAAAGUGAGCUGAGUGUGGCCUGGGGAAGAAAAAGGUGAGGGCGCCUGUAGACUUUGUUUUGAUGCCAACCAUUCAUUUUACCAGAUUCUGGUAUCACGAUCUGAUUGGUCAGAUCGGUAACUGUUGACAAGUGAGCAAUGAGUAAUACUCACAUGCACACGAAUGUUAUCUAAGCUGAUGCAUUCAAGCCAAAAAACAUCAUAAUUUGACAGGUCUAAUUACCUUAUUGACAUAUUAUUGACACCUAUGUUACAGGAUAAUUGCAAGUGAGCAGUUGAGCAACAUCAAAACAAAGUCUACAGGCUCCCUCGCUUUUUUUUUUUCUUUCCCCCACUUUGCUCCCUUUUUUCCUUUUUUGUCCUGCGCCAUUUGGGAGCCUGUCCGCAGGCUAGAUUAAAUUAGAUGUAAAAAGCAGUGAAAUAUUCAUAAAGUGGCAAGAUGAAGCAAAUCCUGUGUCUACCCUUGUGGGCAAGAUGGCCUAUUUCGUGCAUUGGUCCCACAAGAAAAAGUUCCCUUUUUGGCCAUCACAAAGCUCGUUCAGUCACCAAGAUGGCUGGAUAUUGGCCUUAUUUUGUUUUUGCAUUUUUAUUGACCCUAACUUCAUCUCAGUUUAUAAGAUGUAAGAAAUAACAUGGCCAAUAUCUACCCAUCUUGACCCUAUGCUUGGUCAAUAACAACUAUAUAUUCUACUUAUACCUUGGUAUAACUUGUACUGAAUGCCCUUCAUGGCACCAAAAGCUGCAAUUUACCGGUGUUCUCCUUAUCAGGGGCUAGCCAGUAAAAUUUACCAACUGAAGCAACACUUCUUACUGCCUGCAACCGCUUGAAGGUUUACUAAAAUGAAAUAAGUAGUUUUAAAAAAUACACAAGUUGUGAUCCGAUCAAGGAAUUGAAUGAAUAUACUGGGAAAGACCUAAAGUAUACUCAGCUUUUCUUUUUAUGGGCCACGCAUUUUAGGGAGAAAACAUUAUUGGGAUCAAACGUUUUAAAUUGUUGUCUAAAGAUAUCAACGACCGAUUUACGUAAAAUAGGUCUUAAAAUGAGGGAAUGAUGUUUCAAAGAACUUAGCUCCUCCAAGGGUGGGGCCAUGUCCCUCACUCCACUACUACACUCCCCCCCCCCACUCACCUGGAAAGUGCACCUCUGGGGCAUAUUUUCUGCCUUACCUGCCAUGAAUGGUCCCUUACCUGUUGAGCUGAAGUUUAGGGAGAACACUGAAUUUACACCCCUAUUAAACUCAUCGCUAAUGAUAAGCUUUGGAGCAGGUGCCUGAAAAGGUUAGUGGAGGGACAAAUGCAAUAAGCAGAGAGGAGGUAUCCAUGGCAACCCUGGAAGCGGGAACCACCCUAAGAGCGGGCACUAACCGGCACCGUCACACUGAAUAAAUUCAGUGGAGAUAGUUACCCAAGAGAAUACUUAGCUGAGAAAAUACUUACAAAACCACCAGGCAGGGAGGGAGGAGAGGGAGCAAGAAUCCGCAAGUGGAUAAACAGCCCUUCCCCCUUUCAUACCAGAGCUUCCACUCCCCAUGACAGAGUGCAGCAAAAGUGCUGUCCGAUAGCCUAAACCUAGUGAAAGGACCCUUUCGACUAGCAUGUGUCAAUGACUACAGUUGUCCGUUAGGAAGGGAACGUUUGCAAAAGUAAAUGGUAUGUGUAAAGGUUUGUAAGCCUGCAUGGAUUAGUGAUAUAAAGACACAACCACUGGUCAGGAUGCUUUAACCAUUAGACUACAGGGAAACUUACGGUAAGUGAGGUCAUUUACCAGGUUGUUAUAUUUUUUUCAGGUGUACUAUGCUAAGAAAAAGAAACGGAAGGAGUUAGAGAAAAAUGAAGACGGUGGACACAAGAAAGAAAGGCGAUUAUACAAUGAUGGAUAUGAUGAUGAAAAUUUUGACUAUGUUAUUAAAGCGGGGGAAAAGUGGUUUGAUCGUUACGAAAUAGAGUCAUUGAUUGGAAAGGGAUCUUUUGGUCAGGUAUUUAGAACAACCUUGUAAAUUGUGUUUUUAUGUGUUUUUGAUGGAGUAAUAAGUAAAUUACCAUAUGAAACAGAUUUUUUCCGCAUAAUUUUGUCACAAUUUUUUUAAGAUAUAUUUUUUACAUUAUUUUUGGUGGAUUAUUUUGUUAACUUGUUUAUUGUAGCUUGAUUGCUGAAAUGAGAAAUUACAGCUUGAUCAGAAAACUUCAGCUAUGGGAUUAAAAGAAAACCAAUUUCUGUUCAAAUGUUUAAACAUCAGUUUUAAAUGGUUUCUUCCUUUGUUGCAAAGCUGUAGGCAAACAAAGAGCUUUUUAUCAAUCGACAAUUUUCUUUAUUUUUGAAAGAAGUCAAUUAAAAUUCGGGUUUUUCCUUUUAUGCAAAUUUCGUUUGAAGGGGUUUUCCCUAUGGGUUUGCUGUCUUCCAAACGAGAAGUUAAGAUUAUUCAGAUUUUUUUCAAAUGUUAAUCCGUCAAUAUAUUUUGGUAUAGCCUGUUGUUAACAUUAUUGCUUUUCUUAACUUGAUUUUAAUAUGUACAGUAUUCCUAGAACUAGGCUAGAUUUGAUCUAAAAGUUGACCUACCAAAACGCACAAAUUCUCUUGAGUUCAUUGCGAAAAAGAUGCUUUUGUUCGAGUGUGUUUAACUAUUGUUUCAUUUGAAAUUGGGAUUUUACCCAGAGAAGUCAGUACCAAAAUUAAAUCACCUUAGACAUCCUACCCUUCUAUUAGGUUUCGUUUUGUUGUUCCCGGUGAUAGCUGGUGCUAAGUGAUUUGUAAGGAGCAACAACAACGAGUGCGCGCAUUUCGGUCGACAAACAGCGAUAUCAAUUACAUGUUUUUCACUCUUUCUGUUAUUGUAGGUUUGCAAGGCCUACGACCAUCAAGAAAAAGAGUACAUCGCCAUUAAAAUCAUCAAGAAUAAAAAGCCAUUUUUAAAUCAGGCCCAGAUUGAAGUUCGGUUGCUUGAACUUAUGAACGCACAUGAUCCCGAGGGAAAAUAUUACAUAGGUAAGAAAUCGUAGUCAAUAGAGUGGAAUCUUGUUGCAUAACGCACCCUUUUGUAACCGAGAUGACAGUAUAACAAAAGCCUUGGGGUGGGGGAUCCCCCCUAGUUAAAGUAGCUAUGUCACGCUACUUGCCAUCUUUUUAAACAGCUGUAACUUUUUUUUCCGCAUCUAUCGAAUUCCAACAAUAAUAAUCCAGUUUUGUUGUUCAAGACUAAAUUUAGACAUUUUGAUGCCAUGCCUGCAAAAAUCACCUGUAAAAUUAUUAUGUUGAGGUUGUUGCUCUCUGAUGAAAGAACAAAAGAAAGAAUUAACCUGUAGGUAUGUGUGCAGGCCAUUUUUCUGAAAUUAUAUGAUGAUGAUAUGGAGCAAUCUGACCAGGAGCUAAACGACUAGGGAAAUAACAUGAAGUGACCCGGCGGGAACGCGUUUUCCUACCCGGGGUGCCAGAGGUUUCCUAUGUUUUCUACUUCCUUACGUGCGCACGGUUUAUUUCAUUCGUGAACGGACGUGUGCAGUCAGGGUAGCAUUUUCCCGUUUCCAGAGCUUUUCGUUGCGUUGGAGUUCCCAUCACGUUAUAGCCUUUUCGCAUGUAACGUUUUGUGAUAUAAGAUAGUAAUUUGGAUAGGAGGCGAACACCUCGUAAAAUGCGUUGCAUGUUGGAGAGAAAUGCAGUGUUAAAUAAUUUCUUUAACCCUUUAAGUCCCAAUAGUGUUCAACAUCAAUUUUCUCCUAACAAUAUCCAUACACUGUCAAGAGAUAAAGUUAUGAGAAUUAAUAAAAUGAUGACUAUAGAGAAAAUUCCAUGAUCUUUUAUCAAAUUCUCUCAACUAAUUCUUAAGGUAGAUGUAUGGAGAUUAGUUUGGAGAAUUUGUAUGUGGAUAUUGGGGCUUAAAGGGUUAAGACUGAAAUCCUAUCAGUUUAUGAACCAGAAAAUUUGUAAGGUAUCCGGUGGAAAAAGUACAUUUUUGAAUUGGGGGGGUGGGGGGUUAACUUUGAAUUUUUCCAUCCACUUUUGUUUAGCUAGGCCGCAUCUCGUACUGAAAUCAGAACAUGCAAAUCUGAAAUUACACUUGUGUAUUAGGAGCAACUGCUCAAGGUCCCCAAAUUUGACAAUUUUCUACAUCGGCCAUUCCAAGCUGAUUCCGGUUUCCACGCAAGUUUUGUCGAAGACUAUUUCGGCUAAAAGAGCGUCCAAGAUUUAUCGUUUGCCAUCGAUCGACCUCACGCACACGAAUAUCAACACGUGGGUGAAUGUUCGAAGCUAAACAUUGUUUUCUUCAAGCACUCGUUUUUUGUCCUUUAUUCUCUAUUGACCUUUUUUUACGUUUAAUGUUAAAUGUAAUGGCACUGUCUUAUGUUAUGUCAUAGAGGCAAAAGAGUUGAAGUUAUCAUUUUAAUUGGUAAAAACAGUAAUACUGUAUUCUGAAAACAGAUUUAUUUCGAGGAAAUGAUCCUGGUUUUUGCCAAAUACAACACAGUUAGUGGAGAAAGGACUUUGGUCCAUCUCUGCGUCCCGCUUUGGACUAUGGACUUCUCUGGUAGCUUUUCUUUUCUCGGUCCUUGCGUGCCUGAUUUUGAUAUGAGGAGAAAUCAGGAGAUGAUCAUUGUUGGAAAUCAUACGGCCCGUGCGAAGUGUUUAACGAAAGCCACAAUAGUUUAAAUUAUUUUCCUGAUCUGUCGUUCCCUAGGGGCCGGCCGUUGACUGUUGAGGGGGUGGGAUGGGGCGUUUUAUUUUUAGAAAAAUUUAAUCAUCCUGCGAACAGACCUGGAAGAUGACGCCAAAAAAUAAGGAAAUAAAUUCGACCACUGCACAUCAGAAGGCUGGGAAAAAAACAUGAUGUCUGGACUUAUCACCAAGUGGUGAAAAAAUGGUCAGCCCCCCCCCUUUCCUUAUGUCUUUGUACCGCUGGUCCUUAAUGCGAAGCGCGGGAAACGUAACAGCAUUUAAGGGAGAAAAAUUGUGUAGAUGAAGCAAAACAUGUUAAGGUUACUCAAAAAUUUCGAAAAAGAGGUAAAAUUAAGGAGAAUGAAAACGAGACAGCAAAUGCCACAGCUAUGCGAAAGUAGUGUCGUUUUCGUUUUCUUUACCAUUUAUGUGCCAAUCCAAAAUGGUCGUCUUUGUGAGAGAGAGAAACAGGAUUCUAAUGCGUAAACUCCAGCGGGGCGUACGUUCAUCGUGUUUUAGUUUUUGACACAGACUGUUCACAGUCCCCUAUUUUUUCGUGAGAUCGUUUAGAUAUACUGCGUCUUACCGUCACGGGUAUCUUGAUUUUCAAAUGUACCGAGGGGGCGGGCGUCGGGGAUUAUAGUUGUUGGGGGGGGGGCUCGCUUCCUCCCAAACCGCCCCCGCCCCCUAAGUAGUUUGAGCUCGACGAUCUUACGGAAAAAUAGAGGACUGUGAACAGUCUAUUUUUGACAGUGUCUCUCUCUUUUUUCCAACAGUGCGACUCAGAAGACAUUUUAUGUACAGGAAUCAUCUGUGCUUGGUUUUUGAACUUUUAUCGUACAACUUGUACGACCUUCUUCGAAAUACGAACUUUAGAGGAGUAUCAUUAAACUUAACGAGGAAAUUCGCUCAGCAGAUGUGUACUGCAUUGCUUUAUCUUUCUACUCCGGAACUUAAUAUUAUUCACUGUGACUUGAAACCCGAGAACAUUUUGCUCUGUAAUCCCAAGAGAAGUGCUAUCAAGAUUGUGGAUUUCGGAAGCUCCUGCCAGCUAGGACAAAGGGUAAGUAAUCUUUGCUUUAUUUUAUUACAGUGUUAGUUCCUUUAGACUGUGAACUCAGACUCAUUUCCGUAUUUCCGGUUGGAGAGAAGCGAUGACCGAAAGUAUGUUUGGGUUUGCUUGCUAGUUCCUUGGUGAUUACAUUCUCGUUGACAGAGCCUCUCGUCUCUCUUGGUCGGCGGGGGCCGGGGGGGCCGCCGCACGCGGGCCAGGGGGAGCCUCUCGAUCAUCUUCGAAGGCACGACCACUACUCUUGGUCAUAACUGAAAAUUAAACAUAACGUCUUUGUCCUGCAAAAUUCUAGACUUUCGCGUGGUUUGGGUGGCAUAAAAGUGGGUUAGGUCUUUCGUUUUGGGUUUUAAAGCCUGCUUUCUAUUUGUUGUGAAACAAAAUUAACCUUAAGCCUUUCCUUCUUGACAGUGAAAGUUAAUAAGAAAUUCUUAUAAAGCGCGUGAAGUGCUUUUUCAAGAAGAGAGAGCAUUAAAGUUUGAUUUCUGAAAACAAAGCCAAACCUGCACUGAAAAUAAUAUCAUGGAAGAUGGAAAGGUCUAUGAGAACCUGAAACAAAAGGUGCAAAUGUAGCUAAGCACGGGAAACUGAACGUCGUGACCAAAGCGGGAAAACUGCACUUUGUCUUAAACGCUGUCAAACUGCAACUGGCGUUAAGCAAUAGGCAAUUUUUGAGUUGUCCAAAGCUUCUGUUUUCAAGCGAGGCUAAGUGUAAAGCCAAUAAACUAAAAUGGGCUUUUAUUUUCAUGCAAAUAAAACUAAGCCUCGUUGUGAAAGUGACAGUUUUUGCAACUUGGAAAAGGCGACAAGGGCUUGAAAAGGAGUGACUUCUGCUUUGUUCUGAUUCGCUGAAAAUGCUUUAUAUCUGUUUGGAAGAGAUGUGCGAAUUCUUAAAAUUACCAUAUGUAAAAUUCUCUGAUCGUAUUUUCACUAAAAAAUUGUUUCACAGUAUCCUUUUAAAAUCCAAUGAUAGAAGCCAGCUAUUACUUACCGCAAAUCAAAACAGGCAAUAUUAACACAAGAAAUUCUGACAUCAUAACUAACAGCCUAAAGCAAGUUUUUGGGGAUAAGCCAAUCACGAUUGUCCUGUGUGUUUAGUGACGUUUCACUCAGACCGUUUAGAUUCCGAUUUACGUAAUCUAGAAUGAUCGAAUCGAUAGAUUGACCGUCUUCAGGCUGUUUUGCCAAGGCAAUCUCUCUAUGUUCGUUGGUUGGCUCUGAGCAGGUGCUAUAUAUGUCAAACAUCGUCUGAAAUCAGAAGUAGAUACAAUCUGAACUGUUUAGCUCUAACGCACGAUCGUUUAGAGUUCAAUCCAAGAUUGGUUGGUCAUUAAAUCUGAUGAAAAAUCUUUUUAAAUGGAUCGAAAAUCGAAUACUCGUUUGCAAAAUCCAAAUCACAUUCGUUACGAGAACGUCAUACCUAUGUUCCCCACAGUUUUUCUAAUCUGUUAACAAAUUUGGCGCGGCGCGCGAGCUCGCGUUUAAACCGAGUCACACACAAUUUUUCAGAAAACUAAUCUAGAGAAUGAGAAUGUAAAGGCUAUGAUUUGUUAAAUGUGUUUGUUAAAUGUGUCGAGAACUCCUCCCGCAAGCUGAGCUUUUGUUGAGAAUGUGUCUCGUGAUGUCUUCAACAGAUCACUGCGGAUAUAAAAAUAUAUUUGUUUUGGUUAAUUUUUUGUUUGUUUUUCGGAUUGAAGGAGUCAAUUGAUACUGUUGGAUUUGACCACCUUAUCUUAAAAGGAAAAGAAAUGUUUGCGCACAAUGUGUUGUUUUUUCUAGAUGGAGAGAUAUAGUAAUAUGUAUUUGGAAGUGGUGUCUCGUAAUACGCCAACCACAAUGCACCCACUUCUGUAAAAGUAAAGCAUUUCGCUGACAGACUUCGAUUUCCUCUUCUUAGCAAGACAUAGUGCUUCAACUGGCUGCCUUUUAAGCAGUAUUGAUAGUUUUUAAUUGUCCAGCUGAAACCACAGUGCUAUAGCACAGUAAGUAAUGUCACGUACAUUACGCAAACGUCAAGUUUUUCCUUUUCUUGUUGUUUACUGUUCAUCAUUUCUACACAGAAAUAAGAAAUAAGAAUUGUUUUUGACAGUUUUUAUUGGCUCAUUUCGUAAUUUUAGGAAUGUCAGGAAUCGUCGGAAAACUGUUGCCGCAAACGUGAUUCCAAAUCUGUAUAUUAUAAUAGACGGGACAAUGAGUGUGUGUACCACCCAUGGGGCGGAUGUGCAGAGCUUUUAACCUUCUUUCAUUUCAUUUUGAAUAGACCACGAGUCUCUAACUUCAUUUUUUAUUUUGUUUUAAAGAAUAGAAACUUCUUUCUAGCUGUUAGCUUGUGUUCUAUACCUCUCCAUAUGUCUCCCUCGAAAAGGCUCCGUUCCCGGCACCCCGCUUUCCCUUACUCCCUCAACCUUUACCGGAAGUUGUCAUACUGUCGUGGAAUAUCCCUUGAUUGACUUAAUUUUUAGAUACUGCUAGCAGUCUUUUUCAUUGUACGUGUAUAGUCCCCCAUUUUUCGCCUUUUCUCGCGUGGGGGUGAUUUUCACGCGCGUUCGCGUUUCGCUCGCUCUACUAUCCCUGAGGAAAAAUGGGGGACUACACGUAGUCUAGCCUUUAGUCGAGUGUUUAUACAAAAAAAACGCCGAGUCACGAGUCGUCAUACUUCGUAAAAGUAUUGCAUAACUAAUUAAAUUUAUCCCAUGCUACUCAUAAUGACGAUGUAAAGAAACAUCUACAUCAGAAGUAAACACAAUGAAAAGUCACUUUUAAUACUAAAUAUAUAAUCUGUAACCAAGAACAUCCAAAAUUGAUCGACAGCUUGUCAAUGAAUCAAGUUUGUAUUGACAACUCACCUCUGCCGGCUCAGUUUACCUGCCUCCUCAUGAAAAGGACAAAGACGGUUGUCGUGUGUUUCUGGCGGGUUUCAGUUAGGCUUCUUGUUUCAAAAUAUGGUUUUCUUUAGUUCCAACUUGGUGUUUGCAACACUGGUUAACUGGUUUGUUGUUAAAUCGCUCAAAUAAAUUCGGUGACUACUUUGUCCGUCAUAGCCUGAUUGUUUUUGUUUAUAUUGCAACUUGCCCUUCUAAGAAGUCGAAAUGAACGUUAAAAUUCGGGUUUUUUUCUCUUUAUACAAAGUCCCUCCCGGCAUAUUUUUGUCGAAUGACCAGUAUUGCUUGUCGCUAUCUGCUCUGUUUUCGGCGGGAAAAUGAUUAGGCUGCAAAGAUCACUGGGAUUUUUAGAGAAUACAAUUCGUUGCGUACCGCAGAACAUGCAACGUGUUUUAACUUGCUGAUUGGCUGUAUUAUGCAUGGCGUGAGAUAAAGCAUAAUACAUGCCAUGGGGAAAGUUGUUCUGUACUCUCUUAUUAGCACUUAGCUUCGCGAUUUUGGCGAGAGAGUAUUUCACCGGGUUUUAUUUUCGCGAUUUUAACACGCAAAUGCGAAAUAUUCUCGAUUUAAGCGUUCUCAGCUUCACUUUAUUUUCUAAAAGAGUCUGAAAGUUUCCAAAUCUCAAGGUAAACUGCAAAAGCAAAGUGUAAAAGCUUCACAAAUUAACGCUAUUUCACUUACCGAAGAUACAAAACGGAGCUUACCAGUAAAAGCAGUUAACAAGUUAUAUUUUCGAUAGAUAUGAUGUAGUUUGUUGAUAUUAUAAGUUACUAAUUUUUUCUGCGAUUUGAAUUUUUUAUAUGAGUAUUCAAUUUCGCAGGUCUUUAUUUUGGCAAUUUUUUGCAGUCGCGUAAAAUGCGAAAUUAAAGACCCGCGAAAUUAAAUACCAAUAAGUUAGUCAAUUAAUCAUAACUAUAACAAAAUUGUCAAAUCUGAUUGGCUAUCAACUGCCCUGAUUUCAGCCUUUAUACUACUACAUGAGAAAUUUCUGCAAUCUGAUUGGCUUAGAGCAGUGGUAUUUCAGCUUAAUUUGAAAUACCUACAUGUGAAAAUUACAAACCUCUUGCGGGUAGUAGUAUAAACCAAUAAUAGCAUGAUUCGUACGUGAUAUUUGGUACAAAUACCACUCGUGAUAUUUCAAAAUUGUCUCGAAUUUCACUCGCCUAACGGCUCGUGAAAUUACGUAUAACAAUUUUGAAACAUCACUCGUGGUAUUUACGCCAAAUAUCACUUCAAAUCAUGCUAUUACCUAUACUAAUUGGACAGUUAAAUAGGACAGUACGCGUCAUGCCUAAGUAAUUGGACAGUACGCGCCAUCACGCGCGCGCUUAAAUGGCUUUUUUUUUCACUGCUAGCAAAACAAAAUUUCGAAUUUCUUGUGCUUUGAUUUAAAAAAUAGCCUAUUAUAUCACAAAUUUUGUUAAAGUUAUGAUUAAUUGGUAACAGAACUUUGUGUCGUCCAAUUCGGUCUGUAAUCAUACUCGUGAUUAAACAAAUCGGACUCCCGCUACGCGGUCGUCCGAUUUUGUUAAUCACUCGUAUGAUUACAGACCGAAUUGGACUCCACUCAGUCCUGUUACCAUUACAAAUAUCAGUUGUGCAGGCGGAGAGGGAGGGGUUAGGUCAUUGUUUUUGUUAGCUUUUGCGUUACUUUGACCUACACACGAGUGACGGGUCAAAUUAUUCGGUAGAAAAGUAAGCUUUGGGUAGUUCUUAAAAAUCCUUUAAACCCUUCAUAAUCAGAAACUGACCAGAACAACUCUAUAAGGUCUGUAAUUUUUAUAUGCCAUGGUCCGGUUAAAAUGUGCUGAUCUUUUCAAACAAAGGGCAGUUUUGUUUUCUAGGCGUUACAGAUAAAUAAAGCCUAACUUCUUAAGUCUAAUAGCUAAAUUUACAGGCAAGAGCAUUUAAAAAUAAUUGAGUCAGUUGUUUCUAAGACAAGGUCUACGAGGAAAUUUACUGCUUUCUUCACGAGAGUGUAUUAGCCCCUUUAGAACCUUUUGCAUGUGAACGGAAACUGUAAAUGCGCUAGUUUGCAUUCCUACGCGAACUUUAGAACUAUUAAAUGUAGUCGUGUGGAAAAAGCCGAAAAUAGUUCGGGAAAAGACCCCUACCACCGCCCCCUUUUAUACUUUCUUGUCAUUACCUUAUAUUUCUUCCGUCCACGGUCUGUUGGGUUUUGGUGUUGGAUAAAACACGCUUUGGGAUAAUUUCGGUUGCUUUCUCAAGAGCCGUAGCAAAUGCAUUUGAGGUGCUAUCACGUCCGUCCCGAGGAAAUUGGUUAUGCCCGAGUUCGAUUCCAAGUGACAACCAUGAAAAAUGUCAAUACUAAUGCAUGCUUUGUUUCGGUGGAGUGAGCUUUUUGUUUUUAGAUGCAAAUAUUUGCGUAUUGGCCUCGUACUGUUAUUUUAAUUACUCUUUGUUUGCCAUAUAUGAAUGCAAGGCAGUUCAUAAACCUUGUAUGCUGGAGUUUGUUUACGGCAAAUGUUUGAGAUUUGACACGUUACCCUUAAUCUGCACGAAAACAGGGUUGACGAAAUAAGUUCAGGUAAAGAAAAACAGUUAAAUUGCAGGCUUCAUUUGGUUGUUGUCUUAGGCAAAAAAUGUUGGAUUUCUUUCCACACAACACCUCAUGCGUAGCACUUAAUUUUAGAGGGUUUUAUGGCACAUUACAAGCAAGCUUAUAUUUCACGGUAAGAGGUGGUAUAAGAAGGCGAUCUGCCAUUCAUAAACCUGUCAUUUAGCCGUAGAAAAUCAAUAAAAUAUCGAGGUAGAUAUAUGUGUAGGCUGGGCGAAAUUGGAUUUAUUUUUCCAAGACUUCAAAUGUGAAAUAAUCCAUGUAGAGAUGCCAGGGCAAAGCGGUGGAGGCUAGGACUUUGACGAAAUUAAUUUGUUAAUAACACUGCUAAAACCUACGCGGGAAACAGCGAGCGAGGGGGGAAACACAUUUCAAUAUCAAAGUGAAUAUUCUCCGCAGACCAACUCGUGUUUUAAUGACAGCUGAUUUAUAAUGAAUUGUAAAGACAAUAGUCUAGAACAAUGCCAUACAGGACAAGCAAAACAAUAGACAUCAAUAUUUGAACAACUGCCCGUCGAUUCCACCAAUCCCUGCAGUCGCACCGUACAAACCAAGCUGCGUUUUAAUUGAAAAGUGUCUAGAAUCUAUGCAAAUUAACUUGUCGGUAUAAUAUUGUUGGGUCCACCACACAUUUUGCAUUAUUGAUUAAAGAAAGGUGUUUGGACUUCGUUUCUCUCCUGAAAUUUCUCUGUUUUUGACUAAAUAAAAACUAUGACAAUCUAUUAAUUUUCCUUCCUUCAAUGUUGUUUUUCGGUUUUCAAGAACAUUAAAAACUGAAAUGUUGAGAGAGAGCGUGUUUUAACUUCCUCUCCUUUCACUUCAUUUCUCUUGAUCUUUUAAUAAAAGACCCCAGUGCAAUUAUUUCCUCUCAUAAAAGGUCAAAGCACUCUGCGAUACUUGGAAAUAUAGCCAAAAAAUAAAUGUUCACAUCUGACUCAUAAUUGCCUCUAGCUAUUUUUUUUAAUGUCAGACUGUUUGGCGACACUACUAUUCCCGGGUAAUGUAAGAUAAGAAUAAAAUAAAACCUGAACGAAUUACGAAUUGAUUUCAUCGAAAGAAUAAUCCUUGCAGCCUGCCACUGUCGACGGUUUGGUUUUUUUAAACUGGGCUUGGGAUAAAAGUUAGUUAAGUAACGUGCGUUCUUAAAAGAAGACGUCAACUUCCUGGCAUAAUGUAGUACAGUUACCGCUUCCUUUAGCCAAAACUGAAGAGGAAUAACUUUUUUUGGCCUGCGGGGUCAAUUUUCAUAAUUGGUUAUUCCUGUUUACAUUUCACUUUUGAAGCUCAGCUUGAAGAAAAUGGCAAUUACAUAGAAUUAUGGUGGUCACGCGUUUUCAUCUUGCGCGCCUGACCUUUGGAACAAUCUUCCUCUUGAGGUAGCCUGCGUAGUAGGCGCUAGGAAUUAAAUGAGCGCAAGAAAAAACGCGCGCGCGAGAAGGAGACACGCGCCCGUUCUUUCUUGCGCCCAUUUACUUCCUAACGCCCGCUACGCAGGCUAUCUUGAUGUGAGGAUCCCCGCGUCUGCUUAGUCAUCUAAAACCAGGCUUAAAACUUCUAUUUAUUGUGAGCCUGUAUGAUAGUUUGAAUCAGUACUUUUUAACUAUCUAGAAUUUUUGCAAUUUUCUGUUAAAUUUUUCGGUCUCGAUUUCAUAUUGAAAGAGCAUCGAGAUUUUCAUGUAAUGCGCGAGAAAUAAAUUAUUAUAUUUAUUAUUAUUAUUUUAUAUUAUUAUUACUAUUAUUUAAAUUGAGGCACCUACGUGACAGCUGUCAACUUUGUUACCCUGACACGACAGACAAGUGUUCUAAAGAUAUUACUUUUCAUGAGACGUGUUCUAUUUAUACAACUUCAAUUGAUUUGUGAUGAGUUGUCUUGGAGAAACUAGCAAUUUAAGAUCGACAUUUAGUCUGCCUGGCAAGCCUUCUGGCGGCAUUGAAGAGUCUUCCGCUUCGUGGCCGAAUAAAGCAAAAUCCCUCAUUAUUUGUUCACGCGCCAACUUUUGCACCGCUGAAGAGCGGAAAACUCUCUAGUUACAAUUUCCUUUGGCUUAGCCAGCUCUAGUUCCAGGUCCAGAUUCUCGAGGUAUCGACAAUAAACGGGAGCGAUUAAAACGGUGGAAAACUGGAGAGACCGUAGGAGGGCUCCCUUUUCUCUCCCUUGGUUAUUUUUUCUGUCGCUGUCCUUCUCAUUCCGUCCUGUUCUGCACUGUGUUAACGCUUAUAACACACAGAACAUGCAAGAGGCGCUAUACGACGCAAGCUAAAUGACUAUUGUUGCGUGCAUUGUGUGAACGCUUAAAACAUGGUGCUAUGAUACGUAAGGUGAUCGACAAUUUGUUUUCGUACACUGUGCAAACGCUUAAAGUGGGCUGAUUGGCGCUACGCUGCGCAAGCUAAUCAAAAAUUUCUUUCGUAAUUGUGAACACGCUUAGAAUAGGCUCAGUGGCGCUCUACUUCGCAAAGUUAUCAACAAUUUGUUUCGUGAAUGGAUGCGUUAAAAUAAUUUCACCUAGCUUGUAACUCGUACACAAAGGCUGUUACAAGGUGUCAUUCAAAUGUAAAUUGAUUGCAACUCCCUUAAAAACUCGAAAUAUAAGAGGAACGUUGUGAAGUUAGACUGUUCACACUCCCCUAUUUAUCCGUAAGAUCGCCGAGACCGAGCGCGUCGGGUUGCGGGCGGUUUCAUUGUGGUUUCAAAAUGUUAGGAGUCGAGCUUCCCCUUGGUGCAUUUGAAACCAAGAUAGUUGCCGUAACUUUGAGCGUUCCAGAAUCUAGAGGAUCUUACGGGAAAAUAGUGGACUGUAAACAGUCAGUGGAAGGUUUUAUGGUGGUUAAACCUCAAGCCUCUUUCUAAUACGUGCUUUCUUUGUACGCAGAUCUAUCAAUACAUCCAGAGCCGGUUUUACCGCUCACCAGAAGUGCUUCUUGGUGUACCUUACGAUCUCGCUAUCGACAUGUGGAGUUUGGGUUGUAUUCUUGUGGAAAUGCAUACCGGAGAACCGCUCUUCAGUGGGGCGAACGAGGUGAGAAUUACAUGAAGUACUAAUAAAAACUGCACCGUAAUUUUUAGGGAGUUAUUAUAACUCCAAAAAUGGAGUAAAAAUUUUCGGUAAGGGAUAACCCCUUUUUGGGGGUUAUUUUAACUCCUAAUUUGACUCCGAAUUUGGGGUCAUUUUUACUCCUGAAAAAGAGUUCUUUUUACCCCCAGUCUGGAGUUAAGAUAACUCCAAAAUGGGGUUAAUUUUACUCCUUACAUGGCCUGUUUUUACUCUUUUUGGAGUUAAUUUAACUCUGAAAGUGGAGUAAAAAUUUUAGGUACAGGAUAACUCCUUUUUUGGGGUUAUUUUAACUCCUCAAUAUCUGGGAUCACUUUUACUCCUGAAAAAGAGUUCUUUAAACUCCUUUUUGGAGUUAAAAUAACUCCCCAAAAAAUAACUCCACAGUAAAGAGUUAAAUUAGCCCCACCAGAGGAGUUAUUAUAACUCCUUGAAAAUUACUGUGUGAAUAAAUAAGUAAAUAAAUAAACGGAUAAUAAAUACAAUACAAUACAAACUUUAAUGACACUCCCUAAAGAGAGUAAAGACCGCUUUUUAGUGACAGUCUAUAAAUUUACAAGACAGUACGUCAGAACGAUAUUAAAUCUAAAAAUUACAAUCAUACUAUGGUUUACAUAAAAGAGUCAGAAAGCUAAAGAUAGUCGCUAGAAUUACGAGGUAAAAACUUCAUAUAAGAAAUGAAUGGGGACGUUUGUGACACAAAAUUUAACCCCUCCCUCCCCCCAAAGAUUAUAAGCUAAGACCGACAAGAAAGAAAAGCGGCGAAUAAAUUGGCUGUGAACGGAGUUGCAGAAUUUAAAGGAAUACAUAAAUAAUGAUUUAGAGGUAGCACAUCCACGAAGUGGUUCUUGGUCUACCUGAUUCCUGGUCGAACUGGAAUUUGGAAAUGUUGGUUUUUGGGGAGAGGGGAAAACCCGAGUCGCCUGAAGUAAAAGGGAAACAACCAACAUAUGGCGGCGACGCCGGGAUUUGAACCCGGGCCAGGUGGGAGGCGAGUGCUCCCACCACUGCGCCACCCCUGCCCCCUCUCCCCCUUAUGUAGUUUUGGUCGUGACUAGAAUCGAUACCUUAAAAUCAGGAUGGACACCUUGUGUUAAUUACACAACCGUAUACUCCUCGGAGAUAGCCAUUUAUGGGUAUAAGUUUGGCAGGUUUUUGAGAAAAGUGGGGAAAUCAGAGUGAGGGACAGUUGUGCAAGGAAAAGAGUUGAAUGUAGGGUUUAGUACAGAUGUAAAGUCACUAGGGUUAAGCGCUCUUUUAAAAAUGGUUAGCUUUCAAUAAUGUUAUUAUCAAUGUCAUAUAAACUGCGUUAACUACAUACUACCUACUGUUUUCCUGCGUUCUUUUUCUUCUCUUAUUAACUAGUACUUUAAGUUAUAAGACUCCUAUCAUGUAUUUUGAGUAAAGAUGACCAUCUGAUUUUGGGGUAUCCAUUCUAGUCGCAACCGUGUAGUUUUCUUUAAAAUUCUGACAGGAAAGUUCCGCUUUCAUGGCGAUUAUUAUGACGGAAAACAGCAUCACGUUUAUCUCGAGUCUCUCAGCGCCGGUUAAAAGCUUUCAAAUGGAGCAAAUUGUUCACAUUGCUUUUUUUGUUGUAGUUUGAUCAAAUGAUGAAAAUUGUGGAGGUUUUGGGCCUUCCACCGAAACACAUGCUAGAGGGUGCCCCCAAGGCUAGAAAGUUUUUCGAUCGAUUGGCAGAUGGCAGCUACGUCUGUAAGAGUAGCAAAGACGGAAAGAAGGUAAGGAAAUCUUUUUUUAAUUUAUUUUAUCUAUUUUUUCUUCAGUCCUAAUGACUUCUGUUGAUGCGUUGCGAGCGUCCACGCGAAAGGCGAUAUUCCACGCUUUUUGCUGUUUAUCUCGAUGGAGAAAAAGAAGAGAUCACAGGACCGAAUGGUCUCGUAUCCUCUCUUGGAGAUCACACGUAGUUAAGCCUUCAAGCAUAUGUUCUCUUAGUGGUCGUGCUUACUUACAGAUUUUACUGUAUUUCUGCUUUAUAAAGCAUAACUUUUUUGUAAAUCCUGAAGAGAGCAGGUAAAGGAGACUUGUCUAUCCCAGGUCUCCGAUAUGCCUUGUCGGCUAACACGGAGUCACCUUGUGAAAAAAAAGCGGUUCAGUCAUUCGAAGUGUACAGUUGAAGAGGGUUUUGUUUGUUUGCAAGCAAGCUCUCUCAUUUAAGAGCUUGCUCACGGGUUAGGGUUCUUGAACCCCUGCCUCCAUCUCCACCGUUUUUUUUUCUGCCUCAAGCUUUCUCUAGCCUGCGAGUUCAGCCUUUUUUCCUCGCUCCUCCUCGCUAGAGUCUUUACUAGGGAGCUUAAGCAGCGACGUUUUUGAGCGACGUACGUCAACCGGAAGUGAGGUAUUUUCCCUCUUAACGUGCCUUGAUGAUAUAAAAUUUGUAUUCCUUAGCUUCUUUACUAUUAUAGAGGCGAUUUGACUGAAAAUUUGCGCGAAACCACCGUCAAAAAAUGAAAAAAGGCCACUUCCGGUUGACGUGCGUCGCUCAAAAACGUUGUUGCUUAAGCUCCCUACUAGCAUCGGGGAGCAAGGAGAGAAGGCUGUAUUCACAGGUUAAGCUUUCUCGUCUCGCGCCUCAGGCGCUUUAGAUAAAACGAGUGCUGCCCAGUCUAUUCGUGUAAGAAAAAUUAUCCACGGACCCUGUCUGCUUAGGGUCUGGUUUUCCUAGAAGACUAUAAUUUACGUAAAAACUGUAUUUUCCUCAAGGAAUAUCGACCCCCCGGAACACGGAAGCUCCACGAUGUUUUAGGAUGUGAGACAGGUGGCCCGGGAGGGCGGAGACAGGGAGAAUCUGGGCACACGCUCCAGGACUAUUUAAAAUUCAAAGACCUUGUUUUGCGCAUGCUAGAAUUUGACCCCAAGGCGCGUAUAGCGCCUUACCAAGCUUUGCAACAUUGCUUCUUCAAAAAGACUGCCGACGAAAGCACAAACACUUCUCAUUCUGCUAAUUCUUCACCCGCCAUGGGCGGAACAACGAACAGGACUGUUGGGGCGAGCACAAACAGCGCUGCUUCUUCCAGCACUGGUACGCGCGCAUGCUCAGACCCCACCAACCGCGGUACUGUCACGUCAUCAGCUAUGGAAUGUGACAGUCCCGGUGGAAAAGGACCGCAGGCUUGGAACAACGCGGGCGCGGGCAUUUCUUCGAAUUUUAAGCGAAACACAGAGAGAACUUGUAAUAAUUCUGAUUCAAGAAUCGCCACUCAUGGACUUAAACAAACUUCUACAUUGCCUGUCGCACAUAGCGAUGGCUCGUCCGCGUACAGUUCUUCCUCUAUUAACGCAUCUUUGCAUAGUGGUGACGCAGGACGAAGCCAGGGGCGGGAUUUCGGGAUUGGCGGAGGAAUGUACUGCAGCUCAGAAACUGCAUCGAAUUACUCAUCAUCUUCGUCUUGUAAUUCAAUGACUGUCGAGCCGCAUGGGGCAGUCGGAGGGGGAGUGCUUCCCCCAGAAGCCUUCACACAGCUGAACUACUCUGCGACAAAUUUAUCGCUUAAUCCAGGGGAACACGAGGUAAAUUGCGUGGGAUCGUCAACGACGAUUCCAAAUUCGUUGGCGAAUCCGAGGGGACUUCCAUUGGGACAUCGCAGGGAUUAUGUUCAUCAGCAUUCAACGGGGGAUGAAUCUCCCAUGGUGGGAGUUUGUGUACAACAAAGCCCGGUGGUUAGCAACUAA